AUGCCUCCCGUACGGCCUCAUCUCUCAGUCACGCUGCCGAAGAACUUCACCUUCCACUACACGGACGGCGAACAACCGCGGACACCGGAACCUGAGUGCGCCGAGGAACCAACAGAGCCACCUCAGCUUCCUCGCCAGAACUUCCGCGUCAGACGUCGCAGGCGUGCUUUGCCAACGUACGCACCUACCAACUUCUCGAACGCGUCGAGAGACUUGCCCAUCCCGACAAUUGAAGCUCCUGAGCCUGGCUUCGACGCGCCUUACCCAUCUUUCUCAGACACACCUUCUGAACCUGAUCGAGGUUAUCUUGCUCCAACUCCCAACUCAUACCGUCUGUUCUCCCCACCCAAGACCCCAGUGGCCCAGAUUGGGAUGGAGCGAAUCAGCACUGGCCAGUUCCGCGAUGCGGACAUUGAAAGCCAAGCUGAGAGCAUCAGCCGCCCGUCGUCUGCAUGCUCUGGCAUUUCCGAUUCCUCUGUCUCCUCCCGUGGCAGCAUGGAUUCAUACGGCGGCAGCUGCACAAGUCCCGAGAGUGACAACUCAGACCCAUUUGUCUUUCCGGAGCCCAAGCCCAGCCAAUAUCCCCUUUCCUCGCCUCUGCAGGCGUACAACACCGAGCGACCCGCAAAGCGUAUGAGGACUCGCAAGGACACAGUUUGGACCAAAGCAAUGGAUGACCAUCUUUGGCUGACCUACAUGAUGUGCCUACAAGACCCCACAGUCACCCCAUUCAAGAUGCUGCCUGGAACCGUUCCUCCUCUGGGGAUUUGCACAAAGGUUGCACGGCAAGCCAAGAAGACUUGGAGGGGUGGUCUGGCUGCAAAGAAUCAACCUACCCCAUUCGCGAGGAAUGGACGCAGUGGUAGCAACACACCUACAACCCACGAUAUUCCGAAACCUGGUAUCAAAUGGCCCCGUUCAGAAGCAGCUGCGCGUGGAAGACUCCGUAAGCUUAGCAAGCGUCAACCCAUGCUAGCCGCCCACUAUCAGCGUCUGCUGAAAACCCGGACACCCUCACCAUUCCCAUCUUCUUCUCCACGCUCCCAACCAAGCUCGGGAACUGCCCCAAUGACCUCGCACUUUGAACCCGCCCAGCCCGCAGAUCGGAACAAUGCGUCCGAUUCUUUCUCCACCCGCGACAUGAACGUUUCCUUGACCGCGAGUACCUCUUCCAUGAUGCAGAUGGGUAACCCUCUCCAUGCAUUGGCAGCUGACGAACUUCAACAAAACCCGGACGAUGAGUGGCUUGGUCAGCAGAAUGCUCGCUCUAAUGCCCACCAAAAGAGCCAGUCGCUCCAAUACGGCCUCGGCCUUGGAACCCCCGUGUCUGGACAUUCGUCCAGCUCCUCUCUUGCCUCUCCGUUUGCUGCCAUUCCCCAGAAGCAGCACUACGAUACACAAACCAUCAGGCCCGUUUCUCAGCCUCAGCCAAGGCUUGACUCUCCUGUCGAACUACAUGCUCCAAUUCCUAUUACCCGAUCAUUCAAACGCAGAGCCCAGCAGUACCUGGAAGACCUGCAAAACGCCGAGAACUCACACGUGGGACAGAACAUCUUGCAAGAGCUGUUUGGUGCUCCAGCUGAAAUAAGUAACCGCCGUGUGCGGGCCCGCGGCUUCAGCUUGGGCGAUAUGAACCGUGGUGCGAGGCACCUAUCCGCACUGUUCACGCCUCCAUCGUCGUUUGACCAAUCAAGUGGAUCGCCGAUGGCGGUCGAACAGGAAGAUCAGCCGGAACUGGCCCCACAGCCUUCGGCAGAUCCGGCGAGACGCUUGGGAUCUCCAUUUUGUGGGCGGCCUUCCACCAGCAGCGUCAGCAACACAUUCCCCCGGAUGACGUCGCCGCGCCUAUUUGAGGAAUCUGCAAGUUUCGAGGAGCGUAUUGGCGGCUUAGGCGGCUAG